UCACUAACAGAGAACUCGCGGCACGUGUUUAUUUUUGUUUUGUCCACUUAUUGAGCUGCUGCGAAUGAUGUUGGCCAAAAAACAGAAAAUGCAGGUGGAAGCGGACUCUGAGCCGCAGGCCACGCCCCACACGAUACAGGCGCGCCUCAUUUCGGACACAGGCGAGGAGGCGGGGCCGCCCAUCGACCUGCCAGCAGGGAUUACCACGCAGCAACUGGGCUUGAUUUGCAAUGCCCUGCUGAAAAACGAGGAGGCCACUCCGUAUCUGUUCUUCGUGGGCGAGGAUGAGAUCAAGAAGAGCCUGGAGGACACACUGGACUUGGCGUCCGUGGACACGGAGAACGUGAUCGACAUUGUGUACCAGCCGCAGGCGGUUUUCAAAGUGCGUCCGGUCACGAGAUGCACGAGUUCCAUGCCAGGACACGCGGAGGCAGUGGUUUCCCUCAAUUUCAGCCCGGAUGGAGCACAUCUGGCCAGCGGUAGUGGCGACACAACAGUGCGACUGUGGGAUCUGAACACUGAGACGCCCCACUUCACCUGCACGGGUCACAAGCAGUGGGUAUUGUGCGUCGCCUGGGCUCCAGAUGGCAAACGCCUGGCCAGCGGCUGCAAAGCUGGCUCCAUAAUCAUCUGGGAUCCGGAGACGGGCCAGCAGAAGGGUCGCCCCCUGAGUGGACACAAAAAGCACAUUAACUGCCUCGCCUGGGAGCCGUAUCACCGGGAUCCCGAGUGCCGGAGACUUGCUUCCGCCAGCGGAGAUGGGGACUGCCGGAUCUGGGAUGUGAAACUGGGCCAGUGCCUGAUGAACAUUGCCGGACACACGAAUGCCGUCACUGCCGUGCGCUGGGGAGGAGCAGGUCUUAUUUACACAUCGUCCAAGGAUCGCACUGUGAAGAUGUGGCGCUCUGCUGAUGGUAUCCUAUGUCGCACAUUCUCUGGCCACGCCCACUGGGUUAACAACAUUGCCCUCAGCACGGACUACGUUCUGCGUACGGGUCCAUUCCAUCCGGUGAAGGAUCGCUCCAAGAGCAACCUCAGCCUGAGUACUGAAGAGCUGCAGGAGUCCGCCUUGAAGCGCUACCAAGCCGUCUGCCCGGAUGAAGUGGAGUCCCUGGUUUCCUGCUCCGAUGACAACACACUCUACCUGUGGCGCAACAACCAGAACAAGUGUGUGGAGCGCAUGACAGGCCACCAGAAUGUGGUCAACGAUGUGAAAUAUUCACCGGAUGUUAAGCUGAUAGCCUCGGCUUCCUUUGACAAAUCGGUGCGUCUGUGGCGGGCAGCAGAUGGUCAGUACAUGGCCACCUUCCGGGGUCAUGUGCAGGCUGUAUACACGUUGGCCUGGUCGGCGGACUCCCGCUUGAUCGUUUCCGGCAGCAAGGACUCCACGCUGAAGGUUUGGAGUGUACAAACCAAGAAGCUGGCGCAGGAGUUGCCUGGACAUGCGGAUGAGGUGUUUGGAGUGGACUGGGCGCCCGAUGGCUCUCGCGUUGCCUCUGGAGGCAAGGACAAAGUCAUAAAGCUAUGGGCCUACUAGACACAUCUUCAACUGGUACACUUAAGAAAAUACUAAGGAACUUAGGAAUAAAGCAAAGGUCCUGAGUAAAAGCCUUCGUGUUCUCUUCGUCUAAA